AUGAUGGUCCACUGUGCCGGGUGCGAACGGCCCAUCCUGGACCGGUUCCUCCUCAACGUGCUGGACAGAGCCUGGCACGCCAAGUGCGUCCAGUGCUGCGACUGCAACUGCAACCUCACCGAGAAGUGCUUCUCCAGGGACGGGAAGCUCUAUUGCAAAAUGGACUUUUUCAGGCGGUUUGGCACAAAAUGCGCGGGCUGUCUGCAGGGAAUCUCGCCCAACGACCUGGUCCGCAAGGCCCGCAGCAAGGUGUUUCACCUGAACUGCUUCACCUGCAUGGUGUGCAACAAGCAGCUGUCCACGGGAGAGGAGCUCUACGUGAUAGACGAAAACAAGUUCGUGUGCAAGGAGGACUAUUUGAGCUCCGGGGCCAUUAAGGAAGUCAACUUGAACUCAGUGUCGUCGUGUACGGACAGGAGUUUAUCGCCGGAUCUGCAGGAUCCAAUACAGGACGACAUAAAAGAGACGGACAAUUCGACGUCCUCAGAUAAGGAAACGAACAAUAUUGAGAACGAGGAGCAGAACUCGGGGGCCAAAAGGCGGGGGCCCCGGACCACCAUCAAGGCCAAGCAGCUGGAAACGUUAAAGGCCGCGUUUGUCGCCACGCCGAAACCGACUCGGCACAUCCGAGAACAGCUGGCCCAGGAAACGGGACUGAACAUGCGGGUCAUCCAGGUUUGGUUCCAGAACAGAAGAUCCAAAGAGCGACGAAUGAAGCAGCUGAGUGCUCUGGGCGCCCGGCGGCACGCCUUUUUCAGGGGCCCGAGGAGGAUGAGGCCCCUGGGGGGAAGGCUGGAGGAUCCAGACAUUUUGGGACCUGGGGCCUACGGUUACUAUGGAGAAUACCAGGGUGACUAUUAUGGACCGGGAAGUAACUACGACUUCUUCCCCCAUGGGCCUCCGUCUUCACAGGCUCAGUCUCCAGCCGAGUCCCCCUACAUCCUGGGCUCUGGGCCCGGAGCGAUGGAGGGGUCGGGCCACCACCCUUCAGACGACCAAAGGUUCACGGACAUGAUCUCCCACGCGGAAACCCCCAGUCCGGAGCCGGGCUUACCGAGCUCCCUGCAGCCUGUCCCGGGGGAAGCAUAUGGUGGCGGACCCAGUCCUCCUUUCUCCUUGGCCAGUAACUCCAGCUACAGCGCUCCUAUGUCCCACCAAGGCCAGGAGAUGGGGGAGACCACAGCCUGGUAAAGGACAAACCACAGGGACUAUUCCUGGGCUGAAUGUCAGCCCAGUUAAUUCAGGAGAUAAAUGGAAAAAAAAAAACCCCACAUUGUCCAGUGAAAAGUAAAGCUGAAAUUUCUAUGGAGGACUUUUUAAAAUCACGGACUGAUUUUGACAAUUGACGAACUGAUGGACAUAGAAAUGGAAUCGAGAAUGGGAUAGCUUAUUGGAAAAAGUAAUAUUUGCUGCCCUGUAGACACUCCAAAGCAUAUCCCUUCCUGGAUUACCGGACUCAAACUAUUAAAAAAAAAUUGCGAUUCUACCCAGCAAAAAUGCUUCUCGCCUUCCCCUUAAUGUUAACGAAAGUAUCUUCUAAUGCUCUAGGAACACAUUAGAGAGAAAUGCCAAAGGGGACAUCUUUAGUUGUCUUAAUUUCUCACCACAUUUUUUUAAAACAGCGUUGCUUAAAAGCAAUAUAGGUUUAUUCCAUUCUGUUGCUCUAUACCUGUCUUUAUUGCUAAGUUGCCACUCUAUCCUCAAUACUAAAAAGACAAAGGACCAGGUUUAAUAUAUGCUUUAAUGUUCAUAUACAAAUACAUAUGUGGCAAUCAAGACAGGAUAUGUUUAGUCAAAAACGUUGCUCAUUUUAUUUCUUUCUUUUCUGUAAGUCAAUAUGUCAAAUCAAAAGCUGCUGCUUGAGAGAAACCGUAUACUCACUCACACACACACACACACACACACACACACACACACACACACACACACACACACACUCUGGCAUUGACUCUCCCUAAUACACAACUCAGCUGUAAACCCCUUAAUGCACAAAAAUCGUUCUCGAUCAUAGUUUAAAAGAAGGAUGUCUAUAACAUUAUUCAAAACACGGACACAAUUAUACAGACACUUG